AUGGGAAACAAUUUGCAGGUUAAUACAACCUUUACCGCCAAAAAUUACUCCAAUGCGACAAACCGCACCAUUGGGUAUACCACAACGCAGCCUAUCCCGCUGUUCCGACCCCCCCAGGAUGUUGAAGACAUCUGGGAUCAGUUAAGAGCUCUGGCCUGUGUUUGUUCACUGACAUUUGCCAUCAAUCUCUUUAUGGUAAUCUUCACUUCUGUCAAACUCAAGGCUGUUCCGUAUAUGUUCAUUCAGAAUUUCAUGGUAAUCGACAUAGUCAGCGCCAUGGUGACGGCUGGGCCUUGGGCAACGGGUGUCUGGCUUGACUUUUACGGCCUGUCGGUUCUCACAUUCCUAUGCCGUAUUCAAGGAUUCUUCCACAACACCCUGGCCACUGUGUUCUUGGGAACAGUCACUGCCAUCGCCGCCAGCCGGUACCUGUACGUGGAGUCACCUCUUGCCUACACCAUGUUCUUCGUUAACAAGCCUGUUGUCCGCCUGUUGCUGUUCACCAUCUGGUUCGGUGCAGGCUUCCUAGCCUCUCCACCCUUGAACCCGGGCACGUGGGGUGCUUAUAAUAAGCUCGAAGGCACGUGCUGGAUGUCUUGGGAGGCAGGAAACCUUGGUGCUGUGACCUACUCUGCCUUCCACACCAUCAUCACGCUUGGCCCCGCUGUCAUCUUCACCGCACUUGCGAUCGUCUUCAUCGUGCUCAAGAAGAAAAACUCCAUCCAUCCCGCCCCACCCGCGCCCUCCAUGCAGCUGAACAACAACCAACCGGGGCUCCCACCUCCGACGCCGACCAUGACGGGGUCCACCAGAGGAGGGACGCACUUCCUCAACUUGGAGGUACUGUACAUCUCCUGCGCAUUGCUCCUGCUGUACCUGGUCACGUGGACCGCCAUGACAGUAGUGGAGUCCCUCAUCAUUGUGGACUGGCGCACCGUGGACUACAAAGUCGUCAUCGUCCUCACAUUCCUGUACCAGUCACGUGGCCUGAUCCAUCCCUUCCUCUACCUUCUUCUGAGCGCCGAGAUGAGAAAUGCGUUUGUGAAGUGUACAGGUAAGGGGCAGGCUGGAAUUACGCUGUCCACCGAUGCCGGCGCUCUGUCCCAGUCCAUCGCCGACAUUCAAGCCCACAGACAGUGA